AAUAAAAUGUCGUUCUUCGCGAGUGUUUCUGAAUGUUACUGUAAUCACUUCGAAGAAGUUCAACAUGAAAACAAGCAUUUGAUUUUGAGGGCAAUAGUUUAUUUUUUCUUGGUGGAUUAUCACAAGACCCAGUAUUUUCACGCGGUCAAUGUAAUUCCUUUCAGAAAACUGGCUGUGAUUGGUCAAUCAAUGAAAGGUCAUAAAUUUUUCCAUCUUUUCUUCCAGUUAAAGUUCUCGACCAAAUCAGAUCUUUCGAAGAAGCCGUGGCAAGAAGUUCAAAAAUUUAGCAAAGAUUCUUAAACAUAACAGCAAUGCCAGGCGUAGAACAAAAACGUUUACAAAGAUACGAUGCACCAGAAUGGGCAAAGCAAGUCGAUAAUAUACCAAAACACUACGUCAAGCUUGCACAACAUAAUACACCACUCCAAGAAUGGCUUCUUCCGGAUAUUCCAAACGGCUUCAAGAUUGGUAUCAAAAGAGAUGACAUGACUGGUAGCAACAUGUCGGGCAACAAGGUUCGUAAGCUGGAGUUUCUCUUUGCUGGGGCUUUAGAAGAGCAAGCUGAUACUGUGUUCACGCUGGGAAGUACAUACUCAAAUCACUGCCGUUGUACAGCCAUUGCAGCCAAACAGCUUGGUUUGGAGUGCUAUCUAUUCAUGCGACAGAGACAAAAGGGUACUGAUAUUGGUAGCCUUGGCAAUCUGUUAUUUAACAGAUUGACAGGCAGUCACAUGAUCUUGACUGAGUAUYUGCCAUAUGAUGUUGCUAUCUAUCCAAAAAUGGAACAAUUAAAAGAAAAAUUGGAGCAAGAAAAAGAUUCCAAAAUUUAUGUGAUCCCAGCAGGCGGCUCUUGUUACAAAGGAGUGUUUGCAUAUUUCCAGUGUUUCCAAGAACUGAUUGAACAGAAUGCCCUGAAAGACUAUACAGAUCUUGUUGUUACCACUGGUAGUGGUGGUACUGCCUYGGGUCUAUGCAUUGCAAACUAUUUGACUGGCUCUAAACUAAAGGUCCAUGCUGUUAAUAUCAGAAACAGUGUUGAAAACCUACAUAUUCAUAUCCAAGAAGAUCUGGAUAGUGCAGGAUUAAAUCACGUCAAAGCAGCAGAUAUCAUAGAUAUCAUGGAUGGUCAUAAAGGAGAAGGAUAUGGCAUCUCAACAGAAGAGGAACUAGAACACCUUGUUCAAAUAGCAUGCAGUACUGGAAUAACACUAGACCCAGUAUAUACCCUUAAAACUGUGCGYGGUAUGCUUGCCGAAAUGAGAGAUAACCCUCAAAGAUUUAAAGGCAAGAAGGUGUUAUUUGUCCAUACAGGAGGGAUGUUUGGACUGUUUGAAGGCAGAAUGAACAGCAUACUUGAGAACAUGAAGGUUACGAAUCGUGUGAGAUAUUGGGCUAUUGGAGAGAAAUGCCCUGAGUUCUAAGGAACUCGUAUUUCGUAUUAAAUUAUAAUUAUUCUAUUAUUAACUCAAUAUUAAUAUCACUGACUUUGUUCAAAAGCAAAUAUGAUAUUUGCGACUUUAAAAGUUUUUUUAUAUUCGAGUAUUUUGAUUGGAAAAAUUAUUUAUUUAAUCAUUUAACACAAAAGAAAAACUAUGUCUGUAUAUAGAUGCGGGACCAUCGAGAUCCAUGAUUUGGAUAUGAUAUAACAACAACAACAACAACUUUUAUAUUGUACCACUCUUAUCAGGAUUUGUUUGUGUUUGUAUAUAUACAAAAUACAUAAUUUGAUAGGCAGGUAAAUGAAAAGACGGUACAGAUUGUCUGUAAUAACUACGAGGCUAAGUAAAAACAGACAGCCCGUUCUAUGUUAUUAAGGAAAGAUAAUUUUAAGCCUAUGAUAUAUAAUAUUUAUAUAAUAUUU